ACAACCGCAAGUAACCCCGCUCCCGCGCGAUUAAUUUCCUACUCGGUUCCUUCCUUAAUUCAUCGCCUUCCAAUUCACACUUCCUAGCUCACGCCAGCGCCACCACUAUAAAACACCUACCCAAAACCGCCAGCUCCCGGCACGCACUCCGCCCGCCAUCGCCAUGGGGAGGACGCUGGACGUGCUGCUGGGCCGGACAACGAAGCAGACGGCGCGCCUCAAGUCCCUCCUCGGCCUCGCCACCAAGCGGAUCGCCGUGGCGCGCGCGCACCGGCAGGUGCGCCUGGCGCAGGCGCGCGGCGACGUGGAGCAGCUGCUCCGCCUCGGCCACCCGGACCGCGCUCUGCAGCGCGCCGAGCAGGUCCUCCGCGAACAAAACAUGCUAGACGUCCUCGACACGCUUGAAUCCUACUGCACCCUCCUCGCCGACCGGGCCGCGCUCGUCGACGCGCAGCGCGAGUGCCCCGACGAGCUGCGGGAGGCCGCGGCCGGGCUGGUCUACGCGGCGGCCAGACUCGGGGACCUCCCCGAGCUGCAGGAGGUGCGGGCGCUCCUCGCCGCCAAGUUCGGCAGGGGGUUCGUGGCCGCGGCGGCUGAGCUGCGCAGCGGGUGCGGGAUCAAUACGAAGAUCGUGCAGAAGCUGUCCACGAAGCAGCCGUCCCUGGAGAGCCGACAGAUGGUGCUCCUGGAGAUCGGCGCCGAGAAGGAGAUCCCCGUGCGCCUCCACAACGCCUCCUACCACCAGGACCCCGUCAUCUCCGACAAAGUCUCUGCCCCUCGUGCGAAUGACCAGGAGGACGAGAGGCGGCGCCCCACGCCGCGGGCAGACGACGGCGACGAGGUCUCUGCCCACGCGCCGCUGACGUUCAAGGACGUGGAGGCGGCCGCGCAGGCCGCGUUCGAGUCGGCGGCCACGGCGGCGGCUGCCGCCAAGGCCGCCAUCGAGCUGUCGCGAGCCGGCUCCGGGAACCCCGACGACGACAGGCACAGGAGGACGCACGCCGACGACGAGAUGCCACACCGUCGCGAGGAUUUGCCCAGGAGCAGGCCGGCUUCGGUCAGGACAAACAGAGGAGGGCUCUAG